CAUUUUUGUUGGUGUACUACUCAAUAAUCAUGAACUAUUUUUUCAGCCAUUUCCAUGUUUAUAAAUCAUCAAACAUGAUAUUAUUGUUAUUCUUAUUAGUUCUUCACCAACAAUACUAUUUCAUCAAACCUAUAUACUCCUAUUCUCGUGUAGAAGAUUUAGCAAUCAACUGUGGCACUGAAUCAAACUCUACUAUUGCAGCUAAUAAGCGAAUUUGGAUUGGAGAUGCUACCAAUUCGAAACACUUUUCUGUCUUAGAAUCAUCACCACAGAAGAAUCAAUCUUCAAUAUCUGUUACUACUCCUCAUCAUGAUCAUCCUUAUGGCACAGCAAGAAUCUCUCGCUAUGAAUUCACAUAUUCAUUUCAUGGUGUCACUCCUGGUCACAAGUUCAUUAAGCUUCACUUCAACCCUGCUUCAUACAAAUCAUACCCCAAUUUCCAUCCUUCUAAGUCCAUGUUUUCUGUGAAAGCAGGACCUUAUACUCUUCUCAGGGACUUCAAUGCUUCAGGUGCUGCUCAAGAACACCGAGAUCAUCAUCAUCAUAGUGAUCCAAACAAGAUUCUACUUAUUGAGUAUCAGCACUGCAUAAAAGUUGAACCAGGUCAGAAUCUAACCUUGACCUUCAUCCCAAACACCACUCAUAAAGAUUCUUAUGCCUUUGUUAAUGGGAUUGAGGUCAUGUCUUUGUUCAAGUACCAUGAUCAAUGCAACAAGCAAAAGGAAUCGAGGUUCAGAUUUUCUGAGGUAGUUCAUCAUGAAGAGUCAUGCAUGAAUUGUUCACCAUCAGCACAACCACCACCAUCGCAGCCACAAAAGCCUGCAAUAUCUGGUGUUGUUCUUUACUGUGUCAUUGCAGUUUCUGUUUUCAUUUCGAUGUCUUCUAUUUUCCUCUUAUGUAUCUGGGUUUGGAGAAACUCUAGAAUGAAGCACAAGGCCAAGAUGGAAUUGAUCUAUGAAGAGACAACAAAUUCAAGAAAAUCAUCAAUAACCCUGGCCUCAGGGAACUCAUGUCGUUGCUUCUCAAUCAUUGAGAUAAGUGCAGCCACCAUCAACUUCGAUGACAUCUUUGUUGUUGGUGUUGGAGGUUUUGGCAAAGUUUACAAAGGCUAUAUCGAUGAUGGCACGAAGCCUAUCGCCAUCAAGCGUUUCAUCCCUGAAAAUGGUGUGCAAGGUGUUCAAGAGUUCAAGAACGAGGUUGAGAUGUUGUCUCAACUUAGCCACCCUCAUUUGGUGCCUUUGAUUGGUUAUUGCAACGACGAAGACGACAUGAUAAUCGUCUAUGAUUUCAUGGCGAAUGGGACCCUCCGGGAUCAUCUGUAUGGGACUUGUAAUGCACCUCUUUCAUGGAAGCAAAGACUUAAGAUAUGCAUAGGGGCAGGGCUAGGAUUGGAAUAUCUCCACAGUGGAGCAAAAUUCAAGAUCAUUCAUCGUGAUGUGAAGACAUCAAAUAUCUUGUUGGAUGAGGAAUGGGUGGCUAAGGUUUCUGAUUUUGGGUUGUCCAAAAUUGGACCAAAUGGGGAGUCAAAGUUUCAUGUUAGCACAGAGGUUAAGGGUAGUCUUGGAUAUUUAGACCCUGAAUACUCAAAGACUAAGAGGUUGACUCAUAAAUCUGAUGUGUAUUCUUUUGGUGUGGUGUUGCUUGAGGUGUUGUGUGGUAGGGCACCUUUGCUUAGAAAAGUUGAGGGACCAAAGAGGUGCCUUGUGGAAUGGGCAAGGUCAUGCCAAAGUGAGGGACCCCAUGCCAUUGACCAAAUGGUUGAUCCGUUUAUUAGGGGCAAGAUUGUCCAAGAAUGUUUGAGCAAGUUUGUUGAGAUGGCACUGAAUUGUGUUGUUCAUGAAGGAAAUCAGAGACCAUCAAUGGGACAAGUGGUGGAGGGACUUGAACUUGCCUUGCAGCUUCAACUAAGAUCAGAAGACUGAUGCUUGUGUCAUCUUUUGACCACAUGUUAAUAUGUUUUGUUAUAUAUAUCAGCAAGAGUGUCCCACAGUGACAUGCAUUUUUGUACCUUAUGGUUAAUUUAUUUAUGUGCUUGUAAAUAAUUAUGUUGAUGACAGGGUUGACUGGUGAGGUUUUUUCACCAAGAUCAUAGUAGCUAGAUGAAAAUUUUUCAGAUAACUCAGCAU